AUGGAGGAUUUUGUUAUUGGCCCGGUUUGCACUCGACAGUUUUGGCAUGGCGAACGAAGCAAGACAGAGAUUGACCGGGGACCAUGGCUUUCGACUUUGGAUUGUGUGACCUCCGCAGCUCGUCGAGAGCUGGCUAUCAUUCAGCGUCAUGCCAAAGCUCAGCCUCGGCAGACAUUCCUUCUACUCACCAACUACAAGAUUCAUCCCUCCGAGCCUACCUCGCUCCUGUCGCAGUUUCUUCAACACCCCGAUCUGAGUCUGAGUAAUAUUGUGUUGGCUCCUGGAUCAUCCAAAAUCAUCAGUAUCCUUGACUGGCAGGAUGCGGCAACUCUACCACGCUUCAUGCAAGCAGGGUAUCCUGCACUGUGUGAAAUCUACUUUCGCUUGAAAGAAGCCAAUCUUUACUACAUGGCGGCGACAGCUGUGCACAACGAGGAACACAUGAAAGUGUUGAAGACUCCUCAUCUCGGAAUGCAGCGGUAUCUCCUCCGCCAGACUGGGUAUCCUUGGGACGCGGACGUGAUCAAUCUCCGCGCUGCUCUAGUCGGCAUCACGACACCAUCUGUUUGGAGCAACAUUACCUCGGCAUCUUGUCCGGUUGCGUUCAGCAAAGAAGAGCGAGAGGCUGCUCUUGCGGAAUCGCAGGAAUGGAACGAGUCUGAACAGCUCUUGUCGCGAGUUAGAGCCCAUCUUGAUAUCGACCCGGAAGGCGGGACUGAGCCGGGGAACUUUGAAAGGGCAAUAGAGGGUAACCGCCAAUUCCGAAUAGAAAUGGUGAAGCAAGCAGAGGCGGGCCAAGAAGAAAUUUGUUGGCGGAAUUGGCCGUAUAAGGACCAAGACGAUCAUAGCAUGCCACCUCAGAUCUAG